GAGUUUAGAGCAGUCUGGGAGCUCGUUCCGCCAAUAUAUAUUUUUUUUCCAAUAACAAAACUAACCUCAAAUUCACUGUGUGACACUAGCAGUGCACUGGUCUAUGUGAAACGUCAUAUAAAAACGACAUUUUAAAAACAAUGAUAAUAUGAGCAAAAUGGCUUGAAGGUUGUUUACUAAAGAGAAACAUAUUGAAAAGUUAUUAUUUAAUAUCGUGAAAUUUUGAUCAUAUUUGUUAUAAAUGUUAUUAUGAAAACGCACACCAACUAAGAAAACAAUAAUAAAUACAACUGACCAAUUUUGUGUCAAGAAUUCUUGAAUAUUUUUAUUAUAGUGUUUUAUAUUAUAAAUUCUAUAAACAUACAUAAUCUCUCAAAAGAUGGAUUUGAAAGCUGUAGUUGUUUCUGGAGAAGCUCCAGAAUCUGAUGAUGAGGCUUCAAAUAUUGUCACUGGUUUAGGAUUUCCUACUACACGAACACCAUCAACUUAUUGUGGGACUAUUAUCUCAGGUGAAGCACCAGAAUCUGACGAUGAUCUAACAAGUUUGAGUAGCGUUAGUGGAGCAAUAGAUGCCAUGACAUGUCCACCUUACGCAGAUUUCAAAAUACCAAAAUAUAAAAAAAGUUCUAUCAAAUACAAUAGCUUGCUUCACAAAAAAUUACACGAAUGCAAUGAAACCUUGGACAGAGACAUUCUGCAAAUGACCGAGGGCGCGAUCACAACCAGCGUACAAGAAUUGUCGGCUGUCAAUCGACAAUUGCUGCGAAGUGAACUGGUGUUACAAGAGGCUGUGUGCCAAUUGCGCAAUGCGUCUAGUCGAGUGAAAGAUGCCUCAAACGCUCUACGACAACUUGUAAACGACAACUUCUUGCACUCCAUUAAAACUUAACUUCUAAAAUCAUCAAUGCGUAUUUACUUGUAAGACAUAUUUGUAGCAAUGAUUAACAGGCAUACGUUAAUAUACAAUGCCAUUUUCGUAUAUGUACCACGCAUUAAAUGCAGGUAAUAGAAAAUGCACCUCUUUAUAAUCGGGGACAUCGUUGAGCAUUAAUCUUUGCUUUAACUGGCAGUACUAUUUAAUAUGUUCUUUUAUACUUUCUAGCACAUCUUAAUUUAUUUCGAGGAAGUAUUAAUCACUUCAAUUCAUUAUAAACUAAUUUCCUAAAAUCGAUUUGCGGAACUAAAUGUAUUGCGCCUGGUUUAGCGAUAUAUCCGAUCGAUGACAGUUCAAUACUAGUCGUUGCGCUUUUCAUUCCCGAAUUUAUGUAAAUUUCAUCGCAAUGUUAUGAGAAAUGUAAAUAUGUAUAACAGGGCCGUACAAAAAGAGUUCUUGGGGCCCUAGUGCAAAGGUAAACCCUAUCUGUUCAUAAAUUUCGUAUUAAAAAAGCUUUAAGGGGUUUAGAAAA